UUGCGCACGAACUGAUAAGAAUAUUAAUCAUUUGGUGGUGUGCAAAGCACUGGGGUAACUAUAAGAAGGCUGGACCUCACAGCUGGUAAUCAUCAAACAGUUUUUGCUAACAGCAAAGUCAAUCGAGUUUAUAUCUCUUCAAAGAAAAUAUAUUAAAAUACAACAUGGGUUGCAAGGCUUGUGGAACAAACUGCCAGUGCUCGUCCUCCAAAUGCGGUGACAACUGCGCCUGCAGUCAGCAGUGUCAGUGCUCCUGCAAGAACGGACCCAAGGAUAAAUGCUGCUCCUCUAAAAACUAAAUACAUAUACAAAUCCCCUUGAAACUCCUCUGGCCUUUUGUGAUAUACAACCUCUUAUGAAAUCAAAAUAAAUCAACAAUCAUUGUAGCAAUUUAAUGUUUAAAA